AGGGUCGACCUCAGAUAUUGAUCCGGUCAGAGAAUUGGUCACUUCUAACAGCUCCCUGCCAGACUCCUGGUACUGCUCUCCGUAGUACUGCCCUCUGUCUUGGUACUCUCUGUAGUACUGCUCUGUACUGUACUCUAUAUGCUACAUUUAACAGACGCUGUUAUCCAAAGCGACCUGCAAUCCGUCCAUUGGUCAGUGUUCCUGUUGUUCUGUGUGGUUCUACCCUCCAGUCCGUCCAUUGGUCAGGGUUCCUAUUGUUCUGCUGGGUUCUACUGUAGAAAUCAUGCUGCUCAGAGCCGUGUGUCUGCUCUGGGCUCUCACCAGCCCCGCCACCACCGCUGUGUUCGCGCACCGGUCCGCAGCCCACCAGCUGCUCCGUAUCCGCAGGGCCAACACAGGCUUCCUGGAGGAGCUGAAGGCCGGAAACAUUGAGACGGAGUGCAGGGAGGAGAUCUGUGACUACGAGGAGGCCCGCGAGGCCUUCAAGAACGACGACCAGACCAGGCAGUUCUGGCAGAGCUACACCGCCCGGGACCCCUGUGCUGCAAAGCCCUGUCUGAACAACGGUACCUGCGUGACUGCGUCCCGCUGGACUCCUCCUACCGGUGCAGCUGUAGUGAGUGCUUUGAGGGCCGCGACUGCCAGACAGCGUUCGAGGACUCCCUGGGGUGUGUGUAUCUGAACGGCGGCUGUGAGCAGUUCUGCGACGACUCGGGGCCACGACGCCGCUGCUCCUGUGCUGAGGGUCACAGCCUGGGGCUCGACGGCAGGGCCUGUGUAGCCCACGUGGAGUUCCCCUGCGGAGUGGUCCCGGUCCAGAACCAGAGCCAGACCUCUGGGGCCCAGAUGUGCCUGGUGGGGAGCAGCCAGUGUCCCCGGGGGGAAUGCCCCUGGCAGGGGGAGGGCUGUGGCCGCAAUCGAUGGAGGAGGCAGUCAGGUGUGCAGGAAGACAACAACAGGAGUAUGAUGGACAGGGAUCUGACAUGGACAGGGAAUUUUUUUAUUUAAACAUUCAGAGGAAAUCAGGCCUACUGUAGGCCUAUGUAAAUACGAUUAAAGAUAUCUAGGAUAGUAUAAAUGAUAACUGUAAAUGGCAGGUGUACUUUGCUUUUGAUGGAGCCAUAAUGUUAUAUUAAUAAGCAUUUUAUUGAUGGACACCUUUCAGCACACCUUACAUGCAUAAUUAAUAAAAUAUUAAAAACA